UACAGAUCAUAUAGAAAGGCAUAGCAUAACAGUUGCACAUACACUUCACUUCCUCGCAACCUUUCUGCUCGUUUCGGAGACCCUGCGCCAUGCGCAGCAGUUUGGCCCGUAGGGGCCUCUGUGCACUGCAGCAGCAGUGGUCCAGUCAUGUAUCCGCAACUCAAGAACGUCUUGUUGCAAUUGCAGCGCCAGCCCUUGAAGCUGGCAUCCGCGCCGUUUCGACGGCAAGCAGCAGCUCAGCGCCAACUCCGCGCCAGCAGUCAAACUGCACAGCUGGUACUAGCGCUAACAGCUGGGAGCAACUGCUCCGGGAAGGAAUAGAGGUCAACCCCUGCCGCAGUCCGCACCAUCCCGCGGCGGUACAAGGGAUUGUAGAGCCCGCUGGGAAGGAGCUCUCUGUCCAAGCGGCGUACAACCCGGAUUCGCAGUGUUUUGGCUGCGGCCAGGCGCACCCGGAGGGCCUUAAACUCCAGUCUCGCCGCAUGUCCGGUGACGGUCUGGGCCGGCUGGAGGCCAGUCUGCGCUUCGACCCCAAGUACUGCGCCUUCCCGGGCAUCGUGAACGGCGGCGUGCUGUCCACCGUCAUGGACUGCCACGGCAACUGGGCGGCUGCGAUCGCGCUGAUGGACAAGGGCUGCCUGCCCCGCCCGCCGCUGACCCUCACCUCCACCAUGCAGGUCAACUUCAAGGCGCCCACGCCGCCCGACACCGACCUGCUCAUGCGCAGCCGCGUGCUGAGCAUCCGGGAGAACGUGUCCGGAAACCCCAUGAGGGCAACUGUGGAGGUGGAGGUGGUGGUGGCGCUGCCCGGGACGGAGGUGGAGCGUGAGAAGGUGCUGGCGGUGGCGACAGGCACGUUCAAGCGCAUGGGCGCACUGCGCUCGCUGUGAGGUGGUCAGUGGAGAGGUUGGGGGCAAACCACCUAGCCGAAGGGAACCCUGCGGUUGGCCGUGUGCGUGAGGCAGUGUGUGGGAGGCCGCAGCAGGGGCGGAGGACAGCGGGGGAUAGCAGGUGGGUGCGGAUGGUGCUGUUGGGGAUGGCGGCAGCAUGCGUAGAACCGUGUGAUGCUGUGGGAGUUGUUGUUAUUAUUGUUGUGUUGUUGUGAGGAGUGUGAAGAGGGUUUCCAGGGUUCGGUGCAUGAUUGGGCAGCAGGCGGCGGGCUGGUCCGCCUGGUUUCGGAGGUACGCUGUCUGGAGGGUUGCGUUGUAAUAAGGAGACGAGACACGUGAAAGAGCUGAGCGGCAAAUGGAACAGGGAGUAAAUGAGGGCCCUGAUUGCGAACCGAGUGCGCGCGCGAACCAAUCAAUAAAGCUAGCAAUUGUGUUGAUGAGACGUGAGGAGUGAGCGAUUGUAAUUAUGAUAGGAU